AUGACAGAAAUAAAACAUGAGAGUGAGGAGGAAAAUAGUGCUCAAAAAGUACCAAUGUUUAUCAAAAAGUUAUGGAAAGAGAUCACAGACAUUACUAACAAGUACAUAAAUUUUGAUUCAACUGGUGAAAAAGUAGUUAUUUACGACAAAGAAAAUUUUAUAAAACAUAGCAUGCAUUUGAUAACAAAUGCCAAAGAUUACAGAUCUUUUAUUAGAUCGCUUAAUAUGUAUGGAUUUUGUAAAGUAUCUGAGAUUAAGACCUCUCCUAAUACUGAUGUAUUUUUUCAUCAGUUUUUUAGACUUCAUGAACCAGAGAAGCUUAAAUUGAUAUUUAGAGAUACUAAUUCGGUUAAUAAAAAGUCAUUACCGGUUAUCAUUAAUAAUUUACAAGUUCUUAAUGAAGAAAAUCAACAUUUACAAAGCAAGAUAUUUAAAUUAGAAAACAGAAUCAAAAAAAUAGAACUACAAAACAAGAGUUUAUUAGAAAUUGUAGCAACGGCUUUUAGAAAGGGGUUAACUGAACAAUAUCAAGAUAAUUUAUUACAUAAUCAAAUUCAACAACCUAAAGACCAACUUUCAAUUAUUAGCAAUAAUAACAGAAAUUUAAAAAUCCUUGGAAAUGAGGUAGAUGAUGUAACAUCUGAUAUAGAAGAGAGUGUUAAAGAUGAGUUAUUACAGGAUGAAUUUCUGUAUUUUUAA